AUGAUUUGUAAAAAACUAAUUAUAAAAUUAAUAUCAAUAGUUAUUUUUUUAUAUAUAUUUUAUUUUAUAUAUUUUAAUAGGAUAAUUAUAAAAGAAAGGAAUAGAUCAAUAAGAGAGAAAGAAAAUGAAGAAAUUAGUAGGAUUAAUAAUUAUAAUAGAUUAAAUUUAGAAAUUAAAAACAUUACAAUCGAUAUACUUAUACCUUUUGCAGAAAAUCAAGUUGAUAAAGUUUUAGAGUCAAUAGAAAGAUGGGGCCACCCCAAUAAACUUCCAUGCGAUAAUAUAUAUGUUCAAGACUAUUUUAGAUUUUCAAAAUCAAAUUUAGUUUUUUAUCAAAAUUUCGGUAUAAACAAAAAUAAUGAAAAUAAAAUUUUAGAAAAAGUUAAAAAUCAAUUAUGGAGGAAAUGCUUUAAUAAAAUUUUAUUUAAAUAUGCAAAUAAUACCAUAGAAGAAGACAAGUAUCCAAAAGGUGUAUCAAAAAUGUUUUAUAAAUAUUUUAAAAUUGUAGAUAAAUCAACAGAUUACUUUUUUUGGUUUGAAUCAGAUGUUAAUCCAAUUAAAAAAAAUUGGUUAAUAGAAAUAUUUAGAGUUGUAGUUACAACACUUCAAGCACGUCGAAAUCAACCAUUUUAUGUAAUGGGAAGCAAUCAUAGAAUACCCGGUACACGUGAUGAUCAAAGAGCAUUUCAUAGUAUGCAUAUAAAUGGAAACGCAAUUUAUUAUAGCAAAGAAUGGUAUAAAAACCUUUUAUUUAAAAUUGAAAAUUGGGAUAAAGGUUUUGGGGUUUUCGAUUUAGAUAUUUUUUAUUAUUUAACAGAAUCUGAAAAUUGGGGAGAAGUUGCAAAAAUAUUGCAGGAAUUUAUCCACUAUGAAAUUAUUCAAAAUUUAGGACAUAGAGAAUAUAAUGCAGAAGAGUUUUCAAAAGAAAAUCCAAGGACCUAUUUAGUUCAUUCCUAA